AUGGCUACAGUAUGCCAGAUCGAUGACUUACCGAGUGACCAGAGGAAACUUCCCGGUGUUUGCUGCCGCGGCGCUCUCAAGCGGUACUCUACCCUAGUAGUGUGCCUCGGUGACCAGGGAGCCGUGAAUUUGAUCAAGCAGGCUAUCAAGCAGGUUGUCGAUGUUCAUCUCCCAUACGGUAUAAAACACUUCCACAUCGGAGCAGAUGAAGCAUUUCGGAUUGCUGCCUGGACGAUAAUGUUCAAAUCUUUCCCGGACUCCAGCAUCAGGGAACAUGAGAUAGGUGAUGUGGUAGAAUUGGUAAUAUGGGACUAUUCGGAAAGCCUCAUAACCAUGCCA